GCUUUUUGCGUCAAGUGUGUGAGUGGUGUGAUAGCCUCAGACCAGGUCGGAUGGCGGAACAAGACCAGAUGCCCUUCCUGGAAAGCGGUGUUGAAGCGGAUGCACCUGCGUCGAAGGUGAGACGAAGCGCUGUCGCCGUAGCUGUGGCUGCCAUUGCUGCUUUGGUCCUGGGCUUGGUGCUGUCCCGGACGUGGAGAAGUCCGCUCCGGGGUGAGGCGGAGCAGGCGGUGGGCCUCUCGGCGAGCUACUGCCAGCAGGCCUCCGGGGAGAUCCUGCGCUGGUGCUGCGCGCAGGGCAUGCUCCAGUGUGCCGAUGCCAGCCCUGUGGAGGACUCUAUGGCGAUCUCGGACCUACCGGAUUGGACCGCGCAGUCCGUCCCGGAACACCACGUGUGGGUGCACCCGGAGGAAGGUCACUAUCAGACCCAUCACCAUGGCCCGAGCGAUCUAGAGUACCCGGAUGGCUCGCACGUUCACAUCGUGAUUCAUCACCACCACCACCACCCGGACCUCUCCGCUCCGGACCACACCUUCUAUGACUGCGACGUGGGCGCUACCCAUUGGCACUCCGCCUGGUCUGCGGGAAAGCAAGACUUUUGCUGCAAGACUGCCUCGGUGGGUUGCGGGCACGACUUCGACUGCUACAAAGGCUAUACCAUGGGCUUCAAGGACUGGUCGGGGGCGAAGCGGGGCUUCUGCUGCGCCAAGUUUCAGAUGGGCUGCGAGUCCGGGUUCAACUGCGAGUCUGCGGUGGCUGACUGGGGGCAGAAGCAGAAGUCCUACUGCUGCGAGACCUCGGGCAAGGGCUGCCCGAAGACCUUCGACUGCCACACCAGCAGUGUGAACCUCGUCAGCGUCUGGGACCAGGAGCGCCGGGACUGGUGCUGCCUCCACAAGCAGGUGGGCUGCCCGGCCUACUCCGCGCCCUUCAGCUGCCAGGCUGCCACGCUGGAGAUGCAACGCGGGUGGUCUGCCAGCCAGAAGAAGUGGUGCUGCACGCACUUUGCCAAAGGCUGCGCGGAGGGGAGCUCCACGAAACCCUUCGAUUGUUCCGUGGCUGCCCAGAUGCACAUGAAGUCCUGGUCCGACCGAAGACAGGCGUGGUGCUGCGAGAACCACCGGGUGGGCUGCUCCUCCGGUGGUUACGACUGCGAUGCGGGCGCCUCCAACUGGAGGAGGGGCUGGUCCUCACCGAAGAAAGCUUGGUGCUGCGCCAACGAGCAGAAGGGCUGCGAGAAGUUCGCCUGCGACGAGGCCAAGGAAAAGCAGUGGUCCGACGGGGAGAGGAACUUCUGCUGCGGCUCCAAGCAGAUCGGCUGCAGGAUCGAUUGCAAGGAGGGCUACGAGCACUGGGAGCGCCUCUGGUCCCCCGCAAAGCAGGAGUGGUGCUGCAACAGCUACGGCCGCGGCUGCCGCGUUGCGGACCGCUUCGACUGCGACGCCGCGGAGCAUGAAGAGCAGGUUUCCUGGUGCUGCCAGCACAAGCACUUGCACUGUGGCGCCUCACAGCCCUUUAACUGCGCUGAAGGCUUGGGGAAUGCCGAGAAGGGCUGGUCUCCGCACAAGAAGACCUUCUGCUGCAAGGAGUAUGGAGUUGCCUGCGAAAAGGAGGCCGAUGAGCAGUCUGAGCAGGCCGAUGAGCAGUCUGAAGAUGAGCAGAUUGAAGAUGAACAGUCCGAGGAUGAGCAGUCUGAGGAUGGUGAUUGGGACAUCGAGGCGCCGUACGACUGUACAGCAGGAUUCGGAAAUUGGAAGAGAGGGUGGUCCGUUCACAAGAAGGAGUACUGCUGCGGUAAGUACCAGCUCGGCUGUGAGCGGGAUGAGAUGUUGCGGCAGGCGGCCGCCGACAUGUGACCGGCUCGCUUGGAGUGGUGCUGGGCUGGGCUGUUCUUUUCACCUCCACAAAGGUGGCAGGUGAUGCGGGCGCCUCACCAACACAAGGUUGGCACAGACGCUUGGGCGCUUGCAUGGCUCACCUCCCGGGCGUCCAUUUCCACCGAGAUGCACGACUUGCGUCGCUUCAAGGCGACGCUCUGGAGUUGGAUAUGGCGCCUUGUUCAUACAGUUCUUUUCGCAGGAAUUCGCAUUUGCCAUGGUCAAAAGACCCCCUCUUGGCUGGGGUUGCUGAGGAU